CCGGAAGCGGGCGGCCGGAGGCUCCGCCCCCAUCCCCGCUGACGGGCAGCUCCCGCGCGGUGUCGGCGUCGCGGUUCGCAGCGCCGCGGUGGGGGCGGGGCGGGGCAGGGGGCGCCUGGGGGGGCGCAGCGGCGCGCGGAGAUCUCUGACCUCGGGGCCCGGCGCGUCGUAGUGACGUCAUCGCGGCGCGACAGCGGCGAGGAGCGGGGUCACGCGGAGGGCGGAGUGACGUCAGCGCCGGAGUGACGUCGCCACGGGAGUUGCGUCAUCUCGGUGACGUCACCUCGCGCCAUGUGGCGGAGCUGCGGGGCAGGGGCGCGCGCGGUGGUGGCCCACGGGUUGGGCCGGGUCCCCCCGACGGCUCCGUGCUCGGUGUCCCCGCAAGACUUGGCUGUCCCCAAUGCUGGGUGGAGCGUGGCCAUGCGUGAGCAGUUCCAGCAUCUGCUGCGCCGCGCUGCUGACGGCUCCUGGCGCCGCAUCCCCUCCUACCGCCGCGGCCUCGACUACCUCCCAGAGGUGGUGCAGAUGGUGGUGGGGCCGGUGACGGGGCCGGGGCCGCGGCAUUUCCUACGCAAUUUGGAUGCAGAAGGUGCUGGCUUUGAGUACGCCAUCUUCCUGCACUCCUCCGGCCACCGCACGCAGUGCCUGUGCCAACUGGGACCCUACCUGGAGGGCCACCACGGCUUUGCACACGGUGGUGCCAUCGCCACCCUCAUUGACACCACGGUGGGGACGUGCGCGCUGGCGGUGGCCAAAACGUCGGUGAUGACGGCCAAACUGAACAUCAGCUACCUGGCCCCCAUGCCAGUGGGUGCUGUGGUGGUGGCCGACAGCCGCAUGGAGCGGCACGAGGGACGCAAAAUCUUCCUUUCCUGCCGCGUGCGUGACACCAAAGGGGACACGCUGUACGCCGAGGCCACCGCACUCUUCAUCCAGGUGGAGGACACCAAGCCCCCCCCGGCCGCCCGUCCCUAGCAGUGACACUGUAACGCUGGAGGGGGGUGGCAGCGGAUGGGUGGCAGCGGGGUGUCCCUGUGUCACCUCCUGGGAUCAGAGCGUGGCACUGCAGUGA